CAACCGGUGCGCACGCCUGAACACCAGGUGUCCACGACGACGACCCCACGAAGAAGACGAAGAAGAAGAAGAAGAAGACGACCGACCGACGCAGAGACGACGAAUCGGCUGCUUUCUUCGCCUCUUGCCAUCUACCACCAUCGACUAGGCUUGGGCUUCUUCGAUCGAACUUGUCGAUACCAACAACUCGAAAAAGAGAGAGAGAGACUGAGAGAGACCGGUAGAAAUACUUGGAACCAUCGAUCUCCUACGAACAGAGCGGCAAAGGUCGGAAAGACGAACGACUCUCCAAAAAGUACCAUCGCGAAAACAAAGAAACAUCUCCCCCCCCGACAGACAACCAUAUCACUGCAAAUUUUGCAUCAUCGCCUAGCCUUUGUGGCAGGCCAUCCAUCGUUCGGACAUCAUGACCGACGAUGCGGCACUUGCUGCUGCGACCGCCUACAUUCAAAGCCUGGCCACCUCGCCCACAGGUCUUUCAGCCUUGAAAGCAUCCCGUAAAGAUGCAGACACUAAUGGCAUUGAAGAGAUCCACCUGCCUGGCUCGUCAACGCCGGCCAAGCACGCCCUGGAGCGCGAGCUGACGUCGCUCGCCAAGCGGGUGCGCUUCCUGGAGUCCAACGCCGCCGCGUCCUCAAAGGACCACCUCAUGCCCGAUACCCCUAAUGAUAGCAUCGACUCCUCCCCCGCCGAUGACAUUAUCCCGACGGCUUCGACGAGCGCCGCGCGCGAGAAGAUCGUGUCGACGCUGCUGGCGUCGCGGGAGAGCCCGGCGGGGCAAAGCACAGUCACCUACACCAAGCUGAGCAGCGAGCAGCUGGAGGCGCUGCGCGAGCACGUUGACCACCAGUCUGGGCAGCUCGAGAGCCAGAAGCUCGAGCUUGCCAGCGUCAACGCACAGCUGUUGAGGCAGAAGCAGCUGCAGGAGAAGGCGCUCAAGGCCGUUGAGGUCGAGCGCGUCAAUGCCCUCGAGCGCGAGCUCAAGAAGCAUCAGCAGGCCAAUGAGGCUUUCCAGAAGGCGUUGCGGGAGAUUGGAGAGAUUGUUACGGCGGUUGCGAGGGGUGACCUGAGCAAGAAGGUGCAGAUUCACUCGGUGGAGAUGGACCCUGAAAUCACAACGUUCAAGCGCACUAUCAACACUAUGAUGGACCAGCUGCAGGUCUUCUCCAGCGAGGUGUCUCGUGUGGCGAGGGAGGUCGGAACGGAGGGUAUGCUUGGUGGACAGGCGCAGAUUAGCGGCGUGGACGGGACGUGGAAGGAGCUGACGAAGAAUGUCAACGUUAUGGCGCAGAAUCUUACGGAUCAAGUGCGUGAGAUUGCCGCGGUCACGACGGCUGUCGCGCAUGGAGAUCUUACGCAGAAGAUUGAGAGGCCCGCGCAGGGAGAGAUCUUACAGCUACAGCAGACUAUCAAUACCAUGGUGGAUCAACUCAGGACGUUCGCAGCAGAGGUUACUCGCGUCGCGCGCGAUGUCGGCACGGAGGGUAUUCUCGGCGGGCAGGCAGAGAUCGAGGGCGUCAAGGGCAUGUGGAAUACGCUGACGGUUAAUGUGAACGCCAUGGCGAACAAUCUCACGACGCAGGUGCGCGAUAUUGCAAUGGUUACGACGGCUGUCGCCAAGGGUGAUCUCACGCAGAAGGUGCAGGCCGAGUGUAAGGGUGAGAUUUUCGAGCUCAAGUCUACGAUAAAUUCCAUGGUGGACCAGCUGCAGCAGUUCGCGCGGGAAGUCACGAAGAUUGCGAGAGAGGUCGGAACAGAGGGUAGGCUAGGUGGGCAGGCUACCGUGCAUGAUGUCGAGGGCACGUGGAGGGACCUCACCGAAAACGUGAACGGAAUGGCCAUGAACCUGACGACGCAGGUGAGAGAGAUUGCAAAGGUCACGACUGCCGUCGCCAAGGGCGACCUGACGGAGAAGAUCGGCGUCGAGGUCAGGGGAGAGAUUCUGGAUCUGAAGAUUACUAUCAAUACCAUGGUGGACAAGCUGAGUAUAUUCGCCUUCGAGGUGAGCAAGGUGGCGCGAGAGGUCGGCACGGAUGGUACGCUGGGCGGCCAGGCCAAGGUCGAGAAUGUGGAGGGCAAGUGGAAGGACCUCACCGAGAACGUCAACACCAUGGCGUCGAAUUUAACGUCGCAGGUGAGAGGUAUUUCGACCGUUACGCAGGCUAUCGCGAACGGCGACAUGAGCCAGAAGAUUGAGGUCGAGGCCGCGGGAGAGAUCCUGGUGCUCCGUGAGACGAUAAAUAACAUGGUCGACCGUCUGUCGAUCUUCAGUAACGAGAUCCAGCGCGUGGCGAAGGAUGUCGGUGUUGACGGCAAGAUGGGCGGUCAGGCAGAUGUGGCGGGCAUCGGCGGAAGGUGGAAGGAGAUUACAACGGAUGUCAACACCAUGGCUAUGAACUUGACGGCGCAGGUGAGAGCCUUUGGCGACAUCACGAACGCGGCGACGGAUGGCGACUUCACGAAGUUGAUCACGGUCGAGGCGUCGGGUGAGAUGGACGAGCUGAAGCGCAAGAUCAACCAGAUGGUGUUUAACCUGAGAGAAUCGAUUCAGAGGAACACGGCUGCCAGGGAGGCGGCCGAGAUGGCCAAUAGGACCAAGUCCGAGUUCUUGGCCAAUAUGUCCCACGAGAUCCGAACGCCCAUGAACGGUAUCAUCGGUAUGACGCAGCUUACGCUUGACACGGACCUUACGCAGUAUCAGCGUGAGAUGUUGAACAUUGUGCACAACCUUGCUAACAGUCUGCUCACAAUCAUCGAUGACAUCCUCGAUUUGUCGAAGAUCGAGGCGAACCGCAUGGUGAUGGAGGAGAUCCCAUACUCGGUGCGAAGCAUCGUGUUCAAUGCGCUCAAGACGCUCGCCGUCAAGGCCAACGAGAAGUUCCUCGACCUGACCUACCGCGUCGACAGCUCGGUGCCUGAUCACGUCGUCGGAGACUCGUUCCGUCUGCGCCAGGUCAUCCUGAACUUGGUCGGUAACGCCAUCAAGUUCACCGAGAACGGCGAGGUCAGCCUGACGAUCCGCAAGGCAGACCAGGAUAACUGCGAGCACAACGAGUACGCCAUCGAGUUCUCGGUGUCGGACACGGGUAUCGGUAUCCAGGCCGACAAGCUGGAUCUUAUCUUCGACACGUUCCAGCAGGCUGAUGGAUCGAUGACGCGUAAGUUCGGUGGUACGGGACUGGGUCUGUCGAUUUCGAAGCGCCUCGUUAACCUGAUGCGUGGUGACGUGUGGGUUAAGAGCACGUACGGCAAGGGCAGUUCCUUCUUCUUCACGUGCACGGUGCGCCUGGCUACGUCGGACAUCAGCUUCAUCGAGAAGGCGCUCAAGCCGUAUCAAGGCCACCAGGUGCUGUUCAUCGACAAGGGCGAGACGGGACACGGCAAGGAGAUCAGUUCCAUGUUGUCGCAGAUUGGUCUCGAGCCUGUGGUUGUGGAGUCGGAUAGCCACUCGGACCUCAUGCAGGCGGGCCGCCCGGCCAACCACCCAUCCAACUACGACGUCGUCAUCGUCGACUCUAUCGAGACUGGCCGCAGACUCAGGUCGAUCGAUGAGUUCAAGUACAUCCCUAUUGUGCUACUGGCGCCUGUCGUGCAUGUUAGCCUCAAGUCGGCUUUGGAUCUGGGUAUCACGUCGUACAUGACGACGCCUUGCCAGACCAUCGAUUUGGGUAAUGGUAUGAUUCCUGCGCUGGAGAACCGUGCGAUGCCGUCGUUGGCGGAUAAUACGAAGAGCUUCGAUAUUCUGUUGGCUGAAGACAAUGUUGUCAACCAACGGUUGGCGGUCAAGAUCCUCGAGAAAUACCAUCACGUCGUGACGGUGGUGGGUAAUGGACUUGAGGCGCUUGAGGCCAUCAAGCUGAAGAGAUACGAUUGCAUCCUUAUGGAUGUGCAGAUGCCUAUUAUGGGCGGCUUCGAAGCCACCGCCAAGAUCCGCGAAUACGAAUACAACAUCGGCACCACGCGCACCCCCAUCAUCGCCCUAACCGCGCACGCCAUGCUCGGCGACCGCGAAAAGUGCAUCCAAGCCCAAAUGGACGAAUACCUCUCCAAACCCCUCAAGCAAAACCACCUCAUCCAAACGAUCCUCAAAUGCGCCACCCUCGGCGGUCAGCUCCUCGAGAAGGGCCGCGAACCCCGCCAAUCCACCAAAGAAGAGAAACCUACCAAGAUCGGGCCGCCCGUCAAGGCGCCGCAGCCACUGAGCCCGCUCAGCCCCGGGGCCAAGAAGAAGGCGGAGAUCAAGUCGGGGGGGAAGGGGAAUAUUCCCCUCGAAAACGGGGGGAGGUCAGCGCGCUCGCCGGCUGCGGCUGGUGCGAGCGCGAGCCCGGGACCGGGGAAGGGGGAGGAGGGAAGUCCGGCGAAGGAGGGUGAUGAUCCGCUUGCGAGGUUGUUGAUGCGCGCGCAUGGUAGUUGAAAGAUGAAAAACUUGAAAACUGAACCCCUCUUUUGUUUUGGAAAAGGGGGGGGGGAUGUUCUUUUUCUUGUUCUUUCUGGUUCGAGCGAUUAUUUUUCUACGAGCGAACGAUACGAGACAACUUGUUAUGGUGGGGGGAGGGGCGUUUUUAUUCGAGACGAGGAUGGGGAGGUUGAUGGGGAGCAGGGCGUGCGUGCAUGUCAUCUGCGGGCGUUUUUUUGUUUGUCGAAUUUUCUGGCGGGGAAGGGAUGGGGUGCGUGUUUGGUUUUUGAACCCCUUUCGAACAGGGGAUAUGGGAAUGAAACGUUAUGGGGUG